UCACAAGUGUAGCUGGCUUGCCUAGGACAACCAUGGAGUGGAAUCCUGAGAGGAGGAAGAGAAGUUCUUUUAGUGGUAGCAGCUGGGACAGCCGAGGCUGGAUGAGAUUCCAGCGCCCACUUACAAGCUCCCCUGAGCAGCCAGUAUCAGUGUGGGGCAUGGCAGCAGUGUGGCAGCAGGUGUUGGCUGUAGAUGCACGGUACAACGCAUACCGCACCCCAAACUUCCCGCAAUUCCGCACACAGUACAUCCGCCGGCGCAGCCAGCUGCUGCGGGACAACGCCAAGGGCGGCUACGACCCCUCGCUUCGUAAACAGUACCUGCGGCUGCGCAGCCAGCUCCUGGCCCAGCGCUACGGCCCUCUUUCAGAACAGAGCAGCUUUCGUGCCUACAGUAACAGCAUUGUCCGAAGCAGUCGCACCACACUCGACCGCAUGGAGGAUUUUGAUGAUGACCCAAGAGCACUGGGUGCCCGAGGCCACCGCCGUUCUGUCAGCCGAGGAUCCUACCAGCUGCAGGCUCAAAUGAACCGAGCUGUUUAUGAUGAGAGACCCCCAGGCAGCGUUGUCCCCACUUCGGUGGCUGAGGCCAGCCGUGCAAUGGCCGGAGAUACUACCCUAAGUGAGAACUACGCCUUUGCUGGCAUGUACCAUAUCUUUGACCAGCAUGUGGAUGAGGCUGUGCCCAAAGUUCAGUUUGCCAAUGAUGACAAACACCUAUUAGCCUGCUGUUCUCUGGAUGGCACAAUCUCAGUUUGCCAGUUAGUGCCCUCUCCCCCCAUGGUGCUGCGGGUACUGAAGGGACACAGCCGGGGUGUGUCUGACUUUGCCUGGUCCCUCUCCAAUGACAUUAUUGUUUCCACAUCACUUGAUGCCACUAUGCGCAUAUGGGCUACAGAGGAUGGCAAGUGCAUCCGUGAAAUCCCAGAUCCAGAUGCUUCUGAACUGCUCUGCUGCACCUUCCAGCCAAUGAAUAAUAAUCUUACAGUGGUGGGAAAUGGAAAGCACAAUCUCCACGUGGUGAACAUCUCAACAGGGAAAAAAGUGAAGGGUGGCUCAAGCAAGUUAACUGGCCGAGUGCUCUCUCUCUCUUUUGAUUCCCCUGGCCGUAUCCUCUGGGCAGGAGAUGACAAAGGCAGCAUAUUUUCUUUCCUCUUUGACAUGGCAACAGGAAAACUAACCAAGGCAAAGCGGUUGGUGGUGAAUGAGGGCAGUUCUGUCACCAGUAUCUCAGCCCGCUCCUGGAUUAGCAGAGAAGCACGGGACCCCUCUCUCCUCAUCAAUGCAUGUAUUAACAAGCUGCUGCUAUACAGGGUAGUGGACAACGAAGGGACACUCCAGCUUAAAAGAAGUUUCCAGAUACAGCAGAGCUCACAUCCUGUCCGCAGUAUCUUCUGUCCCCUUAUGUCCUUCCGCCAGGGAGCUUGUAUUGUGACUGGCAGUGAGGAUAUGUGUGUCUACUUCUUUGAUGUGGAGCGUGCUACCAAGGCCAUCGUUAACAAACUACAAGGUCAUAGUGCUGCUGUGUUGGAUGUCAGCUUUAACUGUGAUGAGAGCCUAUUGGCGUCCAGUGAUGCCAAAGGCAUGGUUAUUGUCUGGAAGAGAGAACAGAAGUAGCAUUUCUCCCUUGACAAGUGGAAAGAAAUACUUACUCAACAUUGUUGCAGGAGACAGCUUAGAUGGAAGACGAGCUUUGAAAGAAGACAAUUUUCCUCCCCUUGCUGGUACUUUUAUUUACAUCUUCUGCAGCUGUGAAAGUACUGAGCAUAUCUCUAUGGUAAACCAGCAUCCAUCCCUUCCCUGAUUAUCAAUUAGUGGGAUUUUGUAUAGCAGACAAAGGAUUCAAGUUACCUUCUGAGAAGUUUCGCUUACUUCUGUUACAGUUUAUGGUGUACCACAUGUCCAAGUCUCCUGUUGAUUACAUUGAUAGCAACGUAUGCUGAAAAAGGUGAUGAACAGUGGUACAGAGCUUCUGUAGCCAAUUGUUAAUUGGCAGCAUAGGAUGUGGGACUAGAGAUUUUUUUAUUCCUGAACAUGGAAUUCAGUGGUCCCAGCUCCAAUUUAGUAGCAGCUUGCUCCUUGCUGGUGCAUAGCUAUUUUGCUAUUACAGCAGUGCUCCUGUCCAUCCUGGAAAUGCUAGGACCAGUAGUAUUUUACAUAGCACAAGUUAAAUAUUCACUGAAUAUUAUGCCAUACCAAGGACAUCAGACUCUAGCAAGAACUUGUUCUCUUUGCCUCUAUCAAAUGCCAGACUGAGCAAUCUACUUUGAAGGAUCAGCCUGAUUUAUUAGUAUACCUGUUGAACUUGUGAACUUCUGCAGCUAUCAGUAUGUGGACAGACUCCCCUACAACAUGAAAAAUCUUUCUGCUGCUACCUACAUUGGGCUCUUAAUUUAGGCAUGUUUCCCAGGAGAUAUUCCCAGUAGGGAAUCUCUUCCUAAUGUAGGGAGGGGAAGAUGUGGGUGUUGAACAGAUUUCCUUCCAUAUCAGCACUGCCUGCUUGAAAUAGCACUAGGAGUGUGUUUGAAAUUUAAAGAAACUGUGGCUGGAAUAUUCCUUGACAGCUGUAUGCAAAACCAGGUGUUUCUAGGAACCAAGCUCUGCAAGCAGAUGAAGUGGAACCUGCUAAACUGAACUUUGCAGCUACUUAAUAGUUGCUUUUGGCCACUUAUCUUCCACAAGAAUGUGUGGCAUGGUAAUAGGGGAGGGGGUUAGUUGUAUUUAAACUUCUGUCUUAUGGCUGCAAUGUUUUUUGUUCUCUUUCUGUGGACUAGGAGGGGAAAAAAUCCAAAAUCCUGUCAUUCAAAAAGAUGACAACUGGUAGUGGGUAAAUAGGUUUUUCAGGCAGGUACCUGGAAGACAAGAGCUGAUGAGUCAAUGCUUCAAGUUUCCUCAUAAGUACCACAUAGGUCAUCUUACGAAGAAACGUGAGUUAAGGGCACUAUAUCCAUAGGAGUACAAACCAGCCAUAGCUUUGAAACAAACAGCACAGCCUAUUGUAGGGUGAAGAGAUGUGAAUGUACAGCUGGAAGGAUUGCAAAGAUGUGCUAAUAGCAUAAUGUUUGCCAGUGACAAUGCAGUUGCUCAUGUUGUAGGUCAGGAAGCCAAUUGGGAUUAAUCUGUAAGGGACAGAAUUUAAAUACUAGUUUCCCACAAUCACAGAUGUGUUGAAGCAAAAGUCACACACUCAGUGCUGUUCUAACAUAACAGUUCAUUAGAAAUGCAGCUAUAUUAACUGCAACUUGCCUUAGACCUAAUUUAAAAAAUAAACCGAUGUCUUUGA